AUGCUUCCGAGGCUUCGGACGAUUCUUGACCAUCUCAACCGAAGUGCUUGUCAGGUGUCCAUGCAGCUUCGAGGCUUGAAAGUGCUUUAUGGUAACAGUACGGAGUUUGUGCAUCAGGGAAAUGAGGUAGAGGUUCGUGUGGAACCGUAUGCCAGACAUGAUAUUCUGUACCGCGGAGGUACCACGGGCUUCGACGCAGAGUCUAUCAAGGCAGCGGAACUUGCCGGGAAAUAUCCUGGCUAA